GAGGAGACGCUUCGUCAUGUCCUCACCGGGUAUGCCCUCCAUCUGGACGAUUACAGAUCUUGUCAACAAUAUCAUGAAGAGCGUGAGGCAGGUCGCGCAAAUGUUUCUCGACUCGAAAGAACAGGCUGUGGACGAAGAUAUAGGCAAGGAGCAAACCGACUUGGAAACCGCAUUGCAAGAAGGAACGGCUGUGACUACUUAUUUCAAUUACUACAUUCUCGCUCUGGGAAUAGAGUUCUCCUCGGGUGAUGAUGAUGCGGUUCGAGAACUUCGCAUGGUGUAUGCAGCGUUGCCCCAAGAUGACGUGGAAGUCAAAGAGCUCCGAAAUCAGCAACGUGGUUUCUCCGAAUCUCAGAGGCUAGAGUUCAUGAAGCGGCUCAAGUCAGAAGUCACGGCAACCAAAACAGCUUUGCAGGAACUUGCAAAUCGGAAAGGGUGUUUUGCAAUACAAGAUCCUUCUCAGUACAGCCUCGACCUGAGAGAAAAAGUGAGAAAACUUUUCCCAAUGCACGGCAACAAUGCGACAUUCUGCGAAGGCGCAUCUCAUCUGCAGAAACACGCCUCGGCCGCCUUGUCAGCCAUCACAUCGCGGGAGCCUGGUGGUGGCGGGUACGUUUGCCACCACUGCAACCUGGACCUCAGAUGUAUGGAGAUUGACGAGGCUGGAAGUAUCACUUUUACCGAGGCGGAAUGGAGGACUCUUGCAGCAUGUCACAUGCGAGCGCACUUCUCGUUCAAGAACUUGGCUGCCUGGUACAAAUGCAGAAUCUGUCAUGACCUAGGCGUGGAGCCGCCCCUGAUUUUCGUCUCGCCCGUUGCAAUGAUGAUACAUCUGAAGAACCACUGGAGUGGAGACAUAGAGAAAAGCUCUGUUGAGGGAGCAGUUCGUUGAACGUCGCGAGGAUGAGCGAGAAAAGAUAUCUGAGAAUGUGUGUGGAGCUUCGGGGAUGGUACGGCGAGUUGUGGCUUG